AUGUCCUCAGGAUCAAUGACUCAAGAACAUCGUGAAAUCCUAAGAGCCAGUCGUAUGUUACUUGCUCAAAAAUGUCGGGAUCAAAUCUCACCGAUAUGUGAAUAUUUACUUGAAGCGGAAAUAUUAACAUUUUGCCACAAACAAGUAAUCGAAUCUAAAUCGACGGCUUUUGAAAAAGUUCGGACUUUAUUGAAUAUUCUGCCUGAGCGUGGCGAUAGAGCCUUUGAUGAGUUUUGCAAUGCUUUAACAUAUUGUGAAAUAACAGUGGAAAACUUCAAUAGUGGUCUUGGGUCUAUUUUGCAAGAAUCUGAGAUUAGUCGAAAGGAAGAAACAGCAAUGCAAAACGCUAUGAAUCCAAAUCAAGAUGAGGGUAGAAGGCGUGAAACCUUCAUGUAUAUAGCUGAUAGAAUAAAAUCAAAGAAGUUAAAAGAAUUUGGUCGAAAAUUGAAAUUACAGCCUAAUGACGUUGAUGACAUAGCCGAUACGAGCGAUGGCAGAAUUGACAAGUGUAUUCAUCUGUUGGAAGCAUGGAAUACUACAUUUACAGCAGAAGCGACAUUUGAUGUAUUACUGUCAGUUUUGAAAAGUUGCAAAGAGACAUUAAUAGACGAUGAAUUAAAAUAA